AUCUCUGUCCCGCUAUUGGAGAAUCUUGACUUGGUUCUCCUUAACCGCCGCACCUUUGCCCAGACUUAUAUUCCCCGAGACUCUGUAUGCUACCAACUCACCGCCUCCGCUCGUUCCGCCGAGCCUCUUAACUGUCUACGGCUCGAAGUAAAGAAAUUAUUGUUGCUAGCUCGGAAUUGCCACGAUCGACUUAUACGCGUUUAUUAUCGACAACCUACUUCCCCCGAGUUUCCGCGUGCGCGUCUCUUUCGUCCGUAAUUUGGGUUGCCUCUAGGCACGCGGGUAUUUAUUAUGGCUACGCCCAAUUCUGGCCCUGUUGGGGAGGGAACCGAGAGCAGUAGAGCAGGCUUCGUGCCUUUAGUAACGGUUGUGGAUUUUCACCACCACAGAGGCCCUGAAGUUGAGAGAUGGUUUGGAGUAGAAGAAGGACAGGACCCAGCAGUCGAGUAUGACUGGCCAUUGCUUCCGUUUAUGGCUUUAAGCGACGGAGCCCAUGCAUCGACCGAAGACUUCUCGUAUUUCACUCUUUUACGACCGGCUAAAGACGACUCUCCUGCGACAUCGCUCUUCGGAAUAGCAUGUACGAGACAAUUGGACGCCUCGCAAUUGCUGGUUCGGCCCUCCGACGUGACGCGCUCAACGGUGCAGAAGGCAGUCGUAGUAAUAGCAGAUAGCCCACAGUUCUUUGGCAUGCUGAGGGAACGAUUAUCUGUUGUUACCAGUGCGUGGUUUGCCCAGCGCGAGUUCAGUGAUACCGAGAUCCUGCGAAGGUUCCAGGAGAGCCUUGCCGAGGAGAAGGCGCGCGGCCAGAUGAACGAGGAAGUAGACAGGGAUCAAUACCUAGGCAUGAGCCUCCGAGAACUUGUGAGGGAAUUCCGCUGGCAGACUUUAGUGCUCUUAAAGUGCUGCCUCUUGCAGCCGAAGAUGCUCUUCUUCGGCUCACGGUGUGAGCGCCUGUGCAUGAUGCAGUUCUCCCUCAUCUCUUUAAUACCCGGAUUGCUUAGGAAUCUCCAAGAUUGUGCAGGGCCAGAGCUGAAUAACUACGAGAAGAAUUUGACUCAGCCGACGAGUUUGAGAACUAGUGAUCGAAACUCGUUGCUCUCAUACAUGGGACUCCCAUUGCAAAUAUUCGGCAAGGGGAGCCUAUUCGGGCCAUAUACGCCUUUACAGCAAUUGGAUAUCCUUGCAGACUUCGGCACGAAAUCAUAUAUAGUUGGCAGUACGAACUCAUUACUAUUACAGCAAAGAGACCGGUAUAGCGACAUACUAAUCAAUCUCGACGAAAGCACGAUCAAUAUUACUUCUACAUCACUUCGCACUGCAUUAGUGCUCUCCCACUCUGACAGACGAUGGAUCGACUUUGUCACACAAGAGGUAAAUGACACAUGGGACGAAUCCAAUCCAGGCCGGCCGAAAACGAUGGGGUAUCGUGGUAGCGAAGAAUUCAUCCGUCUUCAGUUUGAAGAAUACCUCCUAUCUCUCAUUUCUUCCGUCAAAUAUCAUAAUUACCUCGCUAAAAACGCACACAAUCCUAAAGCAACCCUUCCGCAUAUCGAAGGAGACCCCUCUAUAGACUUUGGUAAUGAAUGGGUGGAAUACUGGAUGAGAACCGAAAACUACAGGAUAUGGGAGUCGCAUACGGACUCGAAUCUAUUUGACAUUGUGGAACCGAGGCAUCCUUGCGCUGGCGGACUUUCAAUUGAUGAUGUCCAACGGCGGAUUCAGCAGCAGGUGCAAGAUUUACAUCUGGAUGAAAGAUUCGCAGUUGGCCGGGAAGUGCUAGGCAGGAAUCUGGCAGCGGGGCGCGAUAAAGCAAGUACUAUGUUCAACAAGCUAUAUGCCGAUAUGGAGGCCCUCCGUGAGGCGCAAAGGAAGCGUGCCGAAGAGUCCCAAGCGACUCAGGCUACGGCAGAGAAGAAUGGAACCGCAGCACCUAAUGCAGAUUCAACAAAGACUCAAAGUACACCGAGUUCCGUUGGGGCGAGAGCCGGCGCUUACAUUGGAAGCUGGACUUCUUGGGCAGACCAGAAGCGGAAGCAAGGAUGGGGCCGAUCGAGUAAUACUUCCAAUGGAACAGGAGGUGGCGGUGGUGGUUGGGGAUUUGGUAGUCGUAAAUCAAGGUCUGGGAACACAGAUUCCAGCAGCGAAAAGAACACGCCGUUAAGCAGUCCUACACUUUCUUCACGCGGCUUUACCAGCAUGGAGAAGAUUCAAAUGUCAGAUGUACAGCACCGAGCCAGCGAGGGUCACGAGAGAAGGCCGCUUACGCAAGAUAGUUUUGACGAGAGCCUGCUCGAUGCCGCGGGCUCGGCUGACGAAAGCGGGUCUUCCAGUGCGGGCAGUCCACGAAAAAGCACCGUUCUGGAACGCAAUGGUAGGAAUGAAUACGUGAAACUCGACAGCGAUGACCAUGGUGAUAAUGCCAAGGUAGCUACUGAAGAGAAGGAUGAUAUCAAAGAAGAUACUAAACGGGAGGAAUCCAAAGUGUCCGAAACUACUACGUAGUAAUUAGCUUGUGGAAUCAACCUAUGCGCGAUCAAAUUAUAUACGACGAAGGCGGGUCUAAAAGGGACGCUGGAUAAUUAAUCAGGUGACGAACUACGUUCUACGAGUCAACGAAUGGGAAGAGCAACGAUGCAACUUCACUAUACCGCGACCAGCGCUGGCAGGAAAGAGAGGUAUAUAUAUAUAUAUAGAGUAUGAGAGAUAUGACCUGGUUACCCCUAUCCUCUUGGAUACGGGCCAGGGAAAUAAGACUAAACAAAUGCCCAACCUCGCUCAAUAGGCAGGAUAAAUGAACGUUCAUAGUAGAUGUUCCAAGUUAGCUAGCUAGCUACCUACCUAGGUAGAUAGACGAUAAUUCGUCUGCUCCUACGAAGUCGGAAAGAAAUUCAUGAUGAAAAGAAAAAAAAUCGUUACGUCGGUGUCGCUUUUCGGUGAUAUGCUGUAGCCUAGUCGCCUUUCUUUUGUGAUACUGGGGAUAUCGAGAUAUCGUAGCUGAUUGAUAUGUGUACACUAAUUAUUUCCGGGAAUUGAUACUACGAGAGCAUUUUUGUUCAAUAUACUUCAAUGCGGUAUUACUGGUUAGUUCCUAUGGGGAUACUUGAAUCCAGGUGGCUUUGGGAAUAUCCAACCGCAAUCUUACUCCACGCAGACAUGUGUGACUUUGAAAACUAAGUACCUAGGCGCCGGGAGGCUAUUGAUAGGGAGUAAAGUAAACACAGGUAUAU